UAUUGUCACCUUUGUUGACGAGUGUUCAUUUCCAAGAUGGCGGUCCUGUUGUUUCUGCCCGAUCAAAAAAACGCAGGAUUUUUAACGCUUCCAGAUGAAAUUUGUGGUCUGAUUUUUAGUUAUCUGCAUCCAAUAGACGACAGUCUACUGAGGCUUGCUGUUGUUUGUCGACGAUGGCGGGACAUUAUUUAUAAUACGCCAAUAUUAUGGAAAAAUCUCUCAACUACAUCAGCAAACAACCUAGUUCUCUCAGCAUCAACAAAGCCGUUAUUCGAUAAACAAGAACACGAGAAUUAUGAGCGGAAAAUGGCUUUCAAAGUCGCAGAUAUACUUCAACGAUUCGGACGCUUCGUGUUUCGACUAAACGCAAAGAAUAUAAGCGAGCAAAAUUUAAAGAGAGUGUCGAUAUUCAGCUAUUUGAGGGAUUUGAAAUCGCUCAGAGUGAUAAGGUUGAAUCUUCCUUGCGAGAAAAGGCUUCUUUCAGCUUUAGGGGAUAGCAACAAACUGGAAGAAUUCACGGCUCGAGGAGUAAGACUUCGUCCGAGAGAAAAACAGCUGUGCAGGAUACCUGAGGAAAUCUUACUAGAACUAGGAGAUACAUUCCCAAGUCUCAAAAAGUUGACUCUUUGUGAUUUUUACAUCUCGUUUGAUACAGUUUCGGAGGCAUUAGCAAAGCUACCAUUAUUGAAUGAGCUCCGAGUAAAGUAUCGUUUGGAGGGAGGCUGUUAUGGCGGAAUGGACAGUUCUUACAUUCGUAACUACAGGCGAUGCGAUGCAGGCCUCUUUCUGUUGCUCCUGUCAAGAUCUGAAUACGCUAAUAGGGUUGUUGGAAUAAGUCUUGAAGAUGUACAUAUUAGCGGAACAUUUCUUAAAGAAUUGAUGGACAAUUUCAAGUCAUUGAAGAAAUUCAAGCUGGAGACAUUUAUUGAUGACUUGCAGCCCCCUAUUGACGAUGUGAACAUUGAGUCCGAUUCACUGCAAGAGAUUGUUAUCUGGGAUAUAAGCAACAUCAGGACUAUCAACAUGGUCAUACCCAAUGCACGCAAGCUCUUCAUCUCAGACCUACAUCUUGAUUCACUGAAGAUUUAUGCCCCUAACCUAGACAACCUGCGCCUUGGACCCUUGCGCUCAUUUGACGAGAACCUAGAGUCGUUUUACCUUGAGACUGGGAACUUGACAAGUCUAGAAGUCACUGAGCUUGGACAACUGACAAGUUUUGCUUUGGAGACGUUUGAAUCAAUAUUGUAUAAGAACCCAAAGCUGGAAAAUCUUGUGAUUGAAGCAUUUGCUCGUCGGUUGUGUCUAAACCAGGAGUCGUGUCCUUGCCUAAACAUGUUGUGUAUCACUGGAGCAGUGGAUGAUGUAGAAGCAUCUGGGAAUCACUUGCGAAGACUGGAAAUAAGCGGCGACUGCUUGAACCCAGAUAGUAUUGCUUUGAGGGAGGUAUCCCUGACGGCACGAGACUGUGAACUGGUAGAUAUCUGUCACAUGCCAAACCUCAGUACAGUGAAUCUCCGAUGUGACACAAUCAACCUGAUGUUUCUAAGUGACUGCAUAGACGAGUUAAUCCAAACUCGCUGUGCUACCUGUAUCAUCCUGAAAAGGACCAACAUCCGUACUCUUGAUAUUGAUAAUGUGGCUUUAGGUCGAAUUGAAUCGAAGGGAGAGAGUAAAAUAGACAAACUAAAGAUUCGUAACUGCAGUAUCGAAAGCCUUCCACAAAUAGAACCUUCAGUUGAAUCUUUAGAGCUUACGAAGUGUAACGAACUGAAGCAUUUCAUCUAUGCUAGCGAGACUCUAGAGGAACUUUCUUUAUCAUGGUGUGAGGAUUUAGUCAGUAUCACCCUGAACUGCCCCGUUCUUCGCAAGCUUAAGAUUGGUGAUAACCAGUCGCUACAUUGUCAAGGCGAGGACCGAGAAGAAAUGGAACGAGAAAUUCGCGCAAACUGCCCACGAGUGGAUAUAGUAUACCAGAUAGAAGAUACAAAUUGAUUUUUUUUAAGUUCAGGAAACUUAGUUAAUUAAUACGGUUAGCCAGAACAUGAUGUGUACAGAACUAAUACGAAUGCUAAGACCAAGUCUCUGAAGUAUUUUACGGUUUUUACUGAAACUGGUAGUUUUCGCGCGAUAUAGUUUUCUCGAACUUUGCCACACUUUUAUACGCGAAAGCAUAAAUGCACACUUGACGACAAAAAGGCAAAAAUAAUUUUAUAAAGUUUGAUAUUGGUAAAUGCAAUUGCAAUUUUAUAACAUUAUUAAUAUAAAAGUAAACAGCCUCGUAUAAUAACCGAGAAUUGUCAAGAUUAGGCUGAAUAGGUACUUAUUUUUUAAUACACACCGAACAAUAAGUCUCUAGACAGAAUGCUUGCCUACUUUAAUAAUAAUAAUGCUGAACACCAAGUAUAAGCCCAUGUUUUGUUCAACUACAGAAUGCAAUACACCAAACAUUUAUGAAAAGUAUCGUCAACCGAAAAUCAGAAUUUUGACAAAAGAUUUAAGUGAUCUUUCAAAUAAGAACCUAUUCUUCCCCACCAAGCUGAUUAAGUUCUUAUAAAAUGGGUGUUAAAUAUGCCGAAUUUUAGCCUGUAGAAUAGGAUCUUAUACGCGGGUAUGUAUUUUCAAUUUCAAUUUCAUUAUUUCAUGUCAAGUCAGGGAGUGUUUUUAGUAUUUCCUUCCAGUAGCUAUACAUGAGAGCCAUGGUAAUCGCCUUCGCCUUCAAACAUGAAACCCCAAAUAAAUGUAUAAACUUUGCAUGCA